AUGCCUCCUCACGUUCCGCGAAAGCGGCUACGCGAGGAGUCCCCGGCUAAGUCUAGCCCUAAGCGUCAACAGGUGGCCAAAGGCAACGGGAAGCCUGCUGCAGCUGCAUCCGCACGCAGAAAGCCAACCCUAUACGAUGAUCUGGAUGCUACUGCCACGCCCGAAUCAUCCAAGGGUGGUCGCUCUGUUCUGGAUGUGUUGGCUGACAGCGACGAGGACAGCUCUCUAACCGACUUAUCCGACGGAGAUUUUGAAGAUGUCCCGGUUGGAGACGGUCAGAAGGCACAACAGGCGCAAGCAUCCUCUGAUGAAGAUGACGAUAACGACGACAUCGAAUUUGAGGACGUUCCGGCGCCAAGGACCACUUUGGCAAAGGCAACGACAACAUCGGGUGACUUGCAACUCACUCUCGACGCUGGCUUCGGUACCUCUAUGGUAGAUCCUUACGGCGACAAGAAGGGACCGACGAAGCGGGAGAAAAAAGUAAGAAACGUGACGCAUUGUAUUCACGUACAGUACUUGCUUUGGCAUAAUGCGAUACGAAAUUCAUGGCUUUGCGAUCCUGAAGUUCAAGCGAUUAUGAUGUCCCACGUUCCGCCUCGUCUUUGGGACGAAGUUGACAGGUGGAGGAGGGCCUGUGGGUUAGAUGCAAAACCAACACCAACUACGUCAAAUAAGUUGAAGCCAACCAAGAAGACGCCAGGCAAAGGCAAAGGGAAGAAACCGAAAGACGAGGACUCAAGAGAUUGGGGUUCAAAUGCAGAAAGGCUAGAAGAAGGGGUUGUCGAUAUGAGCUACGGUGAUCCACUCUUCAGACUUAUGAAAUCGUUGGUGGCGUGGUGGAGGCAGCGUUUCCGAGUCACGGCGCCGGGGAUCCGGAAGUGGGGCUAUAUGCAUCCCGAACGACUGGGGAGGCUGAGGAAGGCAUGGGAGACGGAACAACAUGACCAAGAGCGCUUUGGAGAACGGAUUCGCAACAUCGAAGAGUUUCGGAGAUGCGCCCAAGACUGCAAUGGAAGCCGAGACGUGGGAUCGCAGCUGUUUACAGCUCUGAUCAGGGCGCUUGGGUUGGAAGCUCGGAUGGUCGCAAACUUGCAGCCUCUGGGAUUUGGAUGGACAAAGUUGGAAGAAGCGGACCCUGAAAAGGAGAAGACUGUACUUGCAACAGCAAAGGACCCCGAUGAAAAAAAAGAAGAGACCGACAAGGUGAAGAAAAGUGCCAAAAGUACCUCAACAACGAAGAAAGCAAAUCAAUCACGAACGACUGCGACUCCAUCACGGAGUAGCACCUCGAGGGGUGCAAGUCGAAAGAAUGUCGUUAUUGAAGUGCCUGAUACGGACGACGAACUCGGCUUAGAACACCCUGACAGCGACGACGACUCCAUCAUAGAAUUAGAGGUUACCCCACGGAAGGUGGCGACUUCCAAGAAGUUUGACAAGGACCUAGAGUUUCCUCAUUACUGGACUGAGAUUUUAUCACCAGUGACCAAGCGAUACUUGGCGGUCGAUCCAAUUGUCAAAAAUGUCAUUGGUACCAACAGGGAGCUGAUCGAAUCGCUUGAACCUCGAGGAGGAAAAGCAGACAAGGCGAAGGAAGUCAUGGCAUAUGUCAUCGGCUUCUCUCAGGAUGGCACAGCCAAGGACGUUACCGUCCGCUACCUCAGAAAGCAACUAUGGCCAGGAAGAACGAAGGGCACGAGAAUGGCACCAGAGAAGGUUCCGAUCUACAACCGGCACGGCAAGGUCAAAAGAUAUGACUAUUUUGAUUGGUUCAAGUCUGCUAUGCAUGGAUUCGUCAGGGGAAGUCGAAAACAUCCGCUUACGGAGGAGGAUGAGAUUGAGGAUUCAACUGAACUGAAGCCUGCGCAGCCAGAGAAGAAAGAAAUCAAGGAAGGCAGCGAGACUCUGGCUUACUACAAACAGUCGAAAGAGUUUUGUCUCGAACGUCACCUUAAACGCGAAGAGGCACUUUUGCCUGGCGCAGCUCCCGUCAAAACAUUUAAAAGCAAAGGCAAGGGAGGAGAGAUUUCCGAAGAGCCAGUCUAUUCGAGAAAAAGUGUCGUCAACGUCAAGAGUGCCGAAACAUGGCAUAAGCAGGGCAGGGCGCCUAUACCUGGCGAACAGCCGCUCAAGAGAGUGCCAUAUCGUGCUGCGACGACAAAUAGGCGGCGAGAAAUCGCAGAAGCUGAGGCUAUCAGCGGCGAGAAGGUUCUCCAAGGACUCUACAGCUUCGACCAGACGGAAUGGAUUAUUCCACCGCCUAUUAAAGAUGGCAUCAUUCCGAAGAACGAAUACGGAAACAUUGACCUUUUCGCGGAACACAUGUGCCCGGAAGGUGCUGCUCACGUGCCAUUUCGAGGGGCUGUCAAAGUCUGUAAGAGACUCAAAAUUGACUACGCAGAAGCUGUUGUGGAUUUUGAAUUUGGACAUCGAAUGGCAGUACCGGUGAUCCAAGGCGUGGUAAUCGCUGAGGAAUAUCACGAUCAGGUCAUGGAGGAAAUUCGUAAAGAUGAGGCAGAACGAGCACGCAAGGAGGACGAGAAGCGGCGUAAGGAGGCUUUGAGACUCUGGAGCAAGUUUCUCAAGGGCUUGCGAAUUGUCGAGCGCAUUCGCCAGGAUUAUGGACAUGUUGACGACAGCGUUCCUGUUUUCCAGAAGCACAGCACGGUCAGAGACACUAACAAAAAAGACGAUGAAGAGCCAUCUCACUUGGACGCCGAGACGAUGCGGAUGCGUGAGGAGGAGAUGGCUGGCGGAUUUUUCCCGGAAGGACACGACGAAGAGGAGAUAGAACCGAAGCGGUUCACGUCGGGCUUUUUUCCCGUAGUGGACGAGCAAGAUGAAGACAUGGAUAUGGGCGAUGCUUUGGUUGUGGAACAUGGUGCUCAUAAGCAGGCAGUCGCGGAAAGCGGGGAAGGCACGGUAAACGAGGACGAAGCACCUUCUACAAAGCUGGGACCGCUCCCCGCCCCCGUCAAGGCAACACCGCGAGCGAAGAAGGCGACAAAAGCCGCGACUAGACGGUCGACAAGACGAAGACAAAAGCCUGUUUCCGAGAGCGAGGAUGACGAGGAUGAGCAAGAUUUUGAGGAUUCAGAUGAGGAUUAUGUGUAA